AUGAAAGUCCAUUAUAUUAAUAUAUUAUUGUUUGCUCUUCCAUUAAAUAUAUUGAUAUAUAAUCAAAGGAACCAUAAAAGCACCACACAUCAUACAUUAAAAAUACCAAUCACUAGAUUAUUAUGCGAAUGCGAAUUAUAUGCACCUACGAACUAUGAUAGUGAUCCCGAAAUGAAAAGGGUAAUGCAACAAUUUGUGGAUCGUACAACACAACGAUUUCACGAAUAUGACAACCGUAUGAAAGAUAAACGCCAAAAAUGUAAAGAUAAAUGCGAUAAGGAAAUCCAAAAAAUUAUUUUAAAAGAUAAAUUGGAAAAAGAAUUAAUGGACAAAUUUGCCACAUUACAAACUGAUAUACAAAAUGAUGCUAUUCCCACAUGUGUUUGCGAAAAGUCGUUAGCAGAUAAAGUGGAAAAAGUUUGUUUCAGAUGUGGAGGUUUAUUGGGAGGUGGUAUUGCCCCCGGUUGGGGUUUGGUCAGCGGUUUAGGUUAUGUAGGAUGGACAAAUUAUGUUACACAAACGGCUCUGCAAAAGGGUAUUGAGGCUGUCAUUUCAUAUUUAGAACAAAUACCUGGUAUAAAGGGAUUACCUGGUUUUAAUUUGGCAAAUAUUGUUAAUCCAAACAAUUAUUCAUCAGGUGGCUUGCUUACUACAGCUAUAGAUGCGGCAGCUAGACCAAUAUGUUCUGUUAAUCAUAGUAAAACUCCUGCAUUUUGUAGUUAUGCAACCCAAAAUGGGGGAAGUAUAAUUGCCAAGGUAUCAGUUGAUGCAGAAAAUGCUGCCAACGCUGGUAUAGAUGCAGCCUCUGCUGAAGCUGCUAAUUUGGCACCAAAAACUCUUACGUUAACAAAUACUAUAAUUGUCUCCUUUGUUGCUAUAGUAGUUAUAGUUUUGGUUAUGUUGAUAAUAUAUUUUAUUUUACAUUAUCGAAGAAAAAAGAAAAUGAAGAAAAAACUCCAAUAUAUAAAAUUGUUAAAAGAAUAG